CCGUUUUCUUGUAAUUGUUGACGAUGUGUGCGUUUGCGCGUCGAUAUUGUGCCCCAGUGCUGCCCUCAUGUUUGAGUUUAUUUAAAUUAAUCACCGCUGCGCCGCGCUAAACAAACAAACAAAAAAAAAGAAGUACAAACAGAACAGAGUAGACGUUGCAAAACUGUUCGUAAUAAGACUCGUACUUCAAACCCGACAUCGCUUUUGGAUACGGUAGCAGACAUGAAAGCUGCCAAGGCCAGAAUUUGAAGUUACCUGUCUCAUUCGAGACAAAACGAAUGGUUAGGUUACGAACUCCCACGGUCAAUGUUAAGCAGCCCUUUGUGUAGAAGUGAAGACAACGUCCAAAGUGGUUAAAAUCGCAUCCGUAACCUGUUGCAAUACGUAUUGCUGGGAUACGCAUGCGCCAUCCAUAUCGUUCAGAAGAUUCAGUCAGCUGCCUCGGGCUCUGUCUACACCAAGCAACGAUUUCAGCACCGUACAGUGUGUAGAACACCAGCGGCAGCAGUCUCGUGGUUCAUCCGACUGCUAAGAGAGUUUGAGUCUUCACCCUGUUAACUCUUGAACCCAAGCUGCCUCAACAAUGGCCGCUUCUGGUCUGGAUUCAGCUUUUCAAAUGGCCCUGAGAGAGGAGGUAGUAAUAUAUGACAGAGAACAAAAUGGGUUUGAGUGUGUGUACUGUGAGGUGAAGCUCACAGGAGAAGAAAGUACCAUUGACCACCUUAAAAGCAAGUUGCACCGGGAGAAUGGAGCCAGGUUUGCCAUUAUGAACCUAGAAAGGUCUCCAUCUUCAAUAAAGGCUCUCUUACCAGAGGUGGUCAUAGCUGCUGUGAAGGCUGGAGAUAUAUCUGUCAUUCAUUCGAAUGAAAUCUUGUGUCACGUGUGCAAUUCACCAAAUAGUGGCGUUGUCUCUCUGGAAGCUCAUCUUUCAAGUAAAAAUCACCUGAAAAAGAAAAAUGCUGGUGCCCCAGUCAGAACUCCUACUCUGGAUGCGUCACCAUCUUUAAUUCAAAACUAUACUUCUAAGGACCCUGACGUAGAUCGAGCUGUCAGAGAGGAGACUGUACUCUGUAAUAAUUCAAAUGACUUUCUCUGUGUUCCGUGUGACUUGAGGUUUAAUGGAGAGAAAUCGCUGAAGCAACAUCUCGACUGUGGAAAACAUGAAGAAGCUUGUGCAAAGUUAGUCAUUAGAGACAUCACAAAAGCUUCAAGUUAUCAAAUAAGUAAGCUUCCUGAAGCAGUCAGAAAAGCUGCCAGAGAAAAGUCAGUGCUGGUUACGGAUUCGGAACAGUUGUUGUGUACCAUCUGUGGUACUACAGUUGGGGGGAUCACUCCUCUCAAUGACCACUUGGUAGGAAGUGACCACAGAAGGAAAUCACUGCUACUACUCGCUGCUCAGUCCAGUAGACACACACCAGAAAGUAAUGGAGUGUCUUCAAACAUAGCUCCACAUAGUACAACAAUGGCAGAUGGUCCAUCAUCGCAAGCCACCAAUGCAAUAAUAGCAGCUGCACGGGAUGAAGGGAUAAUUGAUGAAACUGAUAAUGCACUGGAAAAAUUUUCCUGUAAGUGCUGUAACAAGAAUUUCAACAAUGAGGGGCCCUUGUUGGAUCACUUGAAGAGCAAGAACCAUUCAAAAAAAAAAAAACUUUACUUGGAGAGUCGGAGUUUGACAGUUCCUCCACCUGACCAUCAGAUGGAAGCCUCACCAUCGAACUCUUCACCUCUUAAUUUAAACUACUCUGUUAUAUCGGACGUUCGCGGCCAUGUCUACGUUUUUAAUUACUCGUUUAAAAAAACUCAGAAAGCUCGUAUAGGAGCUGAACAUGACUCCAACAGACUCAGUGAAACCUUUUCAAAGAUGGGAUAUGAGGUUUUCCUUCAUGAAGAUCUCACAAGGGAUGAGACAAUCGAACAUCUAGAUAAGAUAAGAAAGAAACCAGAGUUGAAUGAGAUCGACUCCUUCAUCAUGUUCUUCUUGAGUCACGGUUUGGACGCGUACACCUUCCUCGCCAAUGAUGAGGGAAAGCUGGAUCUGCGUUUGAUCCGGAGGAAGUUCACGGACAGGAGGUGUCCUUAUUUGAGGGGCAAACCUAAAAUUUUCAUGGUAAAUUACUGUCGGGGAGAUCAAAUGCAAAAGAAGGAUGACACCGAAUUUGAUGACAUAGAGGUUCCAAAUGACAUGGCGACGAUCCAUGCAGCUGCAGAAGGUGUCAUGGCCAAGCGAAAUCGAACGUCAGGCACCAUUUUUGUUGCCUCUCUAUGUAAGGUGCUGCGACAGCAUGCUCGUGACUUAAACCUGAAAGAUAUUUACACUGUGCUCCAUGAGGAGAUGAGGAAAAAUAAUGGGACCAAACCCAUGUGGGAGGACUACGGUUUUAAAAAUUUCAAGUUCAAUCCUGCAGAUUCAUGACUGCCUGCUUGCCAUUCCCAUAGUGUCUGUUUGCAAAGGACCACCGAAAUUGUCUAGGUACAAAGGAACAGACAAAGGCUGUAUGUUACUUCUAUCAGUGGCCUUUGCCUAAAUAGUUGAAAGAAAAAUCAGUAUUUCUAUUUUGGUUCUUCCUAAAGAAACUUUGGUGAACUUGUUUCAUAGGAGUGCUCAUUUAUUCUGAUGAGAUGUAUUAUGCCUUGUAAGUUACAGAUUUCUCUUGCUUUGUUCUAACAGCAGAUUUUAAUCAUUCCACAGUAAAUAACGUACAUAUCUUAUCGUGAGUUUUAACGCUGAAAUUCAUUAAAAGUUUCCAUGACCUAACCUUUCCUAAAAGUGUGAAGUAGAAAUGACACUUCCAGCUUGGUGAGGAGUGGCUAGCAACAUGGUGCUUAACAACAUCAGGCUUACUAAGUGCCUUAUGUUAAAAUUCUAAAUGCCUGAGAGGACUACAAUAUGGUAUAUCUUAGUCAUUGGUUAUGAAAAUUGUCAAUUUUGGUGACUCAAUUCUUUGGGAUCAAAGAAAAGACCACUUACACCAAUUAAUCUUCGAGUUCUUGCUGCCUUGCAUUUCCUGUUUUAUUUCUGAGCACUAAUAAUUCUUGUGAGGCAACUGCCAUGGGUGUUUCCUUGUUGACAAAAAAUAACAUUAACAUAGAAACUGUGAUACUUAAUUUAAGCAUGGCAUUUGUUGCGUCACGUCUGCAAACUUUGCUUUGUCAGAGGACCCAUUCUCAAUGUUGUGAGAUGAGUCUUAACCAGAUAAACUUGCCCUUGACUACAUUCAGUUUGGUACUCAUAUCUUGAGCAAUUAGCCCUAAUUUUAACCCUGCCAAUGCUGCCCACGCCUUAUGCUGUUCGAUUCACGCCAAGCAAAAGCUUGGCGUGAAUCGAACCCAAAGAAAACUUCAUAUCUUCCAGUCGGUAGAAUGCAGUUUCAUCACCCCUGCCUUGGAAGACUUACACCCUGUUACCCAAUUUGCCAUCUGUGAUCACUGUCUCUGUGAAAUCAAAUAAAAAAAAUCAGCCAACUUUAUUCAAGCGCAUAAGUACAGACUCUUCUCUGAAACUAAGUCUGCUUCUGUAAUUACUUUCAAUGUGUCCGGAGCAGCUGAGUUUACACAGUGAUGCCAUCAGUGAAGUCUUGCAAACUGAAUUUCUUAUCUUUAGGCCAAGAUGGUCAUGGAUUUACAAAUACAAUUUUGUUCCCUAAAGUUGUUAUUUUUCUGAUAAUUUCUGAGUCGAGCAGGUAUGUGGAUUUGCAAAGGUUUUUUAAGUUAUCUCAGUACGGGAGCGUGAUAUAUAUUGUGCUCUGUUCAUUUAAGAUUUCCACUGUAUAUGUGGUAGACAUUCACUAUGUCUGCUACAUCUGACCAAUGCUGUAAGCAUUCCGUUUUUAAUACAUCGUAGGGGGCAUCAAGUGUCUUUCAUUUAUACUAUUCUAGUGAUUAGCAAUACCUUGUCUUUUUUGUACUCGGUGAGGCUUCUGUCCACGUUAUGACACCCAUUCUGGCAAUUUUUUUUUUUUUUUUUUUUUUUUUUUUAAACAGCAAUACACACUGUCCUUUAUCAGAGUAUGUUGGAGAAAGAACAAUACAAGAGGGGUCAAAAUGAGGAGUUGAAAGUCACCAAAACCUGAGCGGCACUGUCAUCACAGUUGACUCAGGAAAGUCAACUACGUGAUUGGGUUUUGCUUGACGUACCAAUGUACCACUUGGGAAAGUGUGCUGGCGCGUAAGACAAAAUCCAACUCCAUAGUUGACUGAAGUUGGAUUUUGCCUGACGCACCAUUCUACCUCUGGGGAAAGUAUACUGGUACCUCUAGGGAAAGUAUACUGGCCCAACAUACAAAAUCCAACUCCAUAGUUGACAAUGGAGUUGGAUUUUGCUUGACGCACCAGUGUAACUCGGGGGAAAGUACACUGUCGCCAGACAGAGACCCAGGAAUGUUUGGAAUCAACUUAAUUUAGGCUACAAAUAAUUUUGAAGACUUCUUAAAGAUUAAGAGCAGGGUAUGAUGGGUCAUAGCCCACAAAGAUGAGAUAAAGUAUCCAUUAAAUGGAGCAUACAAUCAAACCAUUUACACGAAGGAGAUAUAUUUCAUCGUAUUAUUAUUUGAUACAUUUAGUUCUUGUAGCUAAUAAUGAACAGGAUCAGUAUAUCACAACGAAAGACUUGGUAUUAUUGGUCUCUCCGGCUGUUGACUAAUAAAGAAUAUGUAAGUGAAUGAAUGGCCACAGCUCCUCAAAGUGGGUGAGGAACUUGGACACCCAGCAGGAUCUAAACCCACAUCCUUCCAGUGGCUAGAUUGUCAUUACAGUACUAAUUCCCUAUCAUUCUUUUGUCCUUAGUUGUAAUAUGCAGUUAUUUGCACUUUUGCCAAAGCAAUCAAGGGGAUGAAUUUAUCCACACACUGACAAAACUGUGGGAAAAGAACGCAGGGCAGAAUGUACGUUGGACGCUAUAGGGUGGAGGGAACCACACUGUUCUAAUAAACCCUGCUCAGUCAGUCAGACAAAGCAAGGACACAAUUAUGGAAUGUUGCUCAAUGUGAAACUCUGAAAGGAAACUUAUUGAAGGUUUUCAGAUCUGAUAAUAUAGGUGAAUUUUUUAUGAAUAAUGAUUUGCCUUCUUUUUUCAAGAGUAAAAAGGAAAUGUACAACAGAGGUCUGUUAGGUAAUACCCAGAGCAGAGUGGUGUUGCCGAGAGGCAAAAUAGGUCAACAUUUGAAGCAGGUAAAAGUAUGAUGUUUAACGCUCUAUGUUCCAAGAAAUUGUGGGCAGAAGCCCUCAAUACUACUUUGUAUGUACAGACCAAAGCACCCCAUACUGGUGCUGAUAAUUGUAUUCCUGAAGAGAAUCACUGGACUGCCUAUGAAAUAUUUAAUUCGAGUGUGUUUGGUUAUGAUGCAUGUGGGCAUGGACGUACGCAGGUUAGAGGUGACAAGUUAGAUGCAAGAAGUCAGUGUUUGGGUUUUGUUGGGUAUGACAGAGAGCAAAGGGUAUUGAUUGUUUGAUCCUGAUAAACCAAACAGUAUUUCUGUUGGGCAUAGUGUGCAGAUUGAUUACGUAAUGUAAGUUUACUUUUUGCUCUGAGGGUGUCAUUGAUGUUGUUAAAUCUCCAGUGGCUAAUUUAUUAGGUUGAGAGAAAUGAUGUAGAGGAAGUUCCUGUUGAUGAGGAAGAAGAUGAGUUCCUUGAUACUGAACAUGGUGACUUUUUGGGGGGCGGGGCAGGAAUGUAGGUAAGAGAAUUAGUGGAGAAAUUAGUGAAAAUGUGCAAAAUAGGAGGCACCCACUGAGAGACAGGAAAAGGAAAGAGUUUCCUGAUUUUGAGAUGCAUACUGCAUUUUUUUUAAUGUUGUGUUUGAUGAUCACUUUGAACCAAAUACUCUUAGUCGGGCCCUAGAAGGCAAAGUAAUAUUCACUUUAAAAAAGCUAUAAAUGAAGAGAUUCAGUCUUAGAAAAUAAAGUGUGAGGAUCUUGUUGAGAAGCCUGUUGGGUAAAAUGUAAAUGGGUAUUUUUAAAGAUUAAGCGGAAUUGUGAUGGGGAUGUUGCUAAGUUCAAAGCUCGACUAGUAGCUGUGGGAUGCUAUCAAAUAUAUCCUAUUGAUUUUUUAGAUACCUAAACCCCAGGUGUUGGAUACAGUACAUUAAGACUGUUCUUUUGUCUGUCUGUUAAACUUGAUCUGCAAAUUCACCACGUUGACAUUUCUGCACCCUUUUUAAAUGGUGACUUAGAGAGGAAUUAUCUAUGUGCUCAGCUGAAGGUUUUGUAACAGAUAAUGGUAAAAUGUGCAGUGCAUGGGCUCAAACAAGCAGGUAGAUGUUGGUAUGAGAAAGUAUGAAUCGUUUCUGUGUGGAAGAAAGGAGCUGAACUUGUCAUUGUUGCACUUUAUGUUGACCAUUUUUUGUCUGUAUGAGAGUAACAAGGACUGAGUGACUGUUAAGUUGGACCAAAUUGUCAUCCAAAUUUCAAAUGCUAGAUUGUGUUAUUGCUAAGACUCAUUGAAAGUGGUCUGUUGUUAUGUAAUAGUAAAGACUGUCCCAAAGAUGUGCCAUAUCAACAAGCGAUUGGUGGAUUGUAGUACUACUUGUCACUAUGUACUAGACCUGAGUUUGCUGACGCAGUGAGUUACUCGAGUCAAUUCAAUGAUAGUUAUGGUAAGGAGCACUGGCAUGCUAUUCUAAGGAUUUUCAGAUACCUAAAAGGAACUAUGCAGUUUGGAAAUAAUUAUUCAAAAUCUGAAAAUUAUGUAACAGGUUUUUGUGACGGUCCUUUUAGUUGGGAGAGUAGAAAGCAGGAAGUAACAGCAUUAUCGAGUACUGAAGCGCAGUACAUUACCCAUGGGUGUAAAGCAUUUUUGAGAGGUUUUCUUUUUGUACUAUGCAGUAGAUCUGGAAGUGUUCUGAUCUACCUUUAAUGAUAAUACGAGUGCACUGAAGCUGACUGAGCAUGAAGGCUUUCAUGCCAGAACCAAAAGUAUUGAUGUGAGCCUGAGGUAUCAUUAUGUAAGAGAGAGUUGUGUAGACUUGAGAAAGUGUGUCUGUGCCACAUGUCAACGAAAGAUAUGUUGGCUGAUGUGCUGACUAAGGGUCUAAGUGCACAAAGUCAAGUCAAAUGUGUCAAGGAAAUGGGAAUUGAGUGUCUCGAUUAAGGGAGUGUGUUGUGAGUGCAACAGUUGAUAGUAUACUGUAAUCUGCGACAUUCUUUUGUAUUUUUCUUGUUUUGCCUAUGGGGUCCACAUUGUGAACCCCUCUGUAUCCAUUAGUCAUGAAUAAAUGCUCAACCUAGAAA